GUAUUUAUGUUUAUAAUCUAAUCUAAUAUUUUGUUUUGACAUAAAAGCCUAUAUUUUAGACCGUGAACGAAGAGCGACGAGAUCGCCGAUCGCGAGAGAUUUUGUGCGUUAGAUGCAGCCGUAGAUGUCUGGGACGGAAUAUGAAAUGCGACCCUGCCCGGAACUCUGGCGUACGUAUUUGCCGAGAGUUCGCCUAGAGACCCGCGCAGGCUGCGGGGAAUCCCAGCCACAAUUCACUGAAACCGAUGUUAACUAGUUCCUGUUGGACUUUGACCUCAAAUAUUUGUCAUUGAGCCUAUGGGAUGAAAUGGCAUUGCGCAAUGAGAGUUGUUUUUGAUAAGUCAACUUGAAAAUUUUGCAAUUCUGCGACUAAGUCAGAUGAUGAGGCCUUUUUCAUACACGAUUAAUCUCGCCUCGGUUCACAGAAGAAAGAACAUCAAAAAAACAAAUGACCUGUGACACUGCCAUGGCAUAGUGAACAGAAUUGAAGUUCUUAGUAUAACUCUACUAUUCUCUCUGAAAGACAGAGAAUGUAUUAUGUUAGAAUCUUGGAUCGAAAACAACCUGAGAUGUACUAGUGUGGAACUAAUUCAAUAUUGACGAGUGACGAGUUGGAUGGAACCAGGCAGCAUGCAGCAAGAAUGGAGAAUCGGACUUCAGUAUGUCUGGUGAUUACUACCGUCCCAACGGUGGGAUGCGUCAUCAGAGAGGUUUGAAGCGGACAUACAAUGACAGAGGAGAUGCUACUGGUUACUCUGCAUAUGACAAUCUUUCCAGACUACCAUACUAUUCCAAUUCUUGGAUACCACCUGGAAAUCUUCCCAAAAGACUGGGAUCGCACGAGUUGAACAAUUACAUGUAUAUCCCUAACAAGAUACCACGAACAGAAAACUCACGAUCGUACUCCACCUCAUCGGUCCCAUUAUCUUCGUCAUCCGCACCAUCGCCUGCCUAUUCCCGGAUCCCUCCUCCACAUCUGCAAAGGACUGUUACAAAGGGUCAAAGGUCAAUGUCAUCAUCCUCAUCAUCAUCGCCAGCAGCAUUGCCGGCACCAGCAGCAACAAGAGGGACCGCUGAUAGUCGUAUUAAAGUUACUGUUCAAAAUGGUGUGAACUCUGAGAGAAGGACUAGCAGCACAAGUGGAACGGGCACAGACUCCAGCAAGCAUAAAAGUAAUCGAGAUGAGAUUGAUAAAUCUGACAAGUCUAGAAAAGAAGUGGAUAGUGGGGCAACAAAGAGGAGAGUUUCGUCGCCGUCUUUGAGCAAGAAAGGGUCACACAGUGAGGCAGGCCCUUCUAGCACCAAGAAGAAUUCAAGAGACUUUUUAAAUUCUCAAGAGAUGUCGAGAAGAGUAUGGGGCUAUUAUGUUGCCAACAAGCAAAGCAAAGUGGAAGAGAAUGUCAAGGAGGAAAUGAGAAAGAAGUUACAAGCAUGCAUCAAGGAAAUCUACCCUAAUGCUCUUCUUCUUCUUGGUGGAUCUUCAAUGAAUGGGUUCGGUAGCACAGGAUGUGAUGCUGAUAUGUGUCUUUACCUCAGUGAUUCAUUGAUUAGCCAAAAAGAUGCGAGACAUAUCCUACUCACUCUCAGGGGAUACCUUCAAAACAGAUGCUCAUUCGUCAAGAAUAUGAAGGUCAUCUUUGCGAAGGUUCCUAUACUCAAGUUUCAACACAAGAUAUUCAGGGAUCUUGAGUGUGACCUCAACAUUAACCACCACACAGGUGUUCGCAAUACAGCUCUACUCCAAACAUACUCAGAAUUGGAUUGGCGUGUGUCCCCGUUAGUGAUGAUUAUAAAGCAGUGGGCCAAGAACCAUGGUAUCAAUGAUGCCAGCCAAGGUACACUCUCAUCCUACUCCUAUGUCCUCAUGAUCAUCAACUAUCUUCAAGUUGGAUGUAAGCCUCCUGUUGUGGAGUCAAUUCAGAAACAAGAAUGGGGACGGACUGUGUUUUCAGAUCAUCAGAGUGUCCUGUACUCUUGGAAUAGACUCUUUGAGUAUCCAGUAAAGUUCAUCACUGAUCCCCAUAACCAAUCCAAAAACUCUCAGGAUCUCUACUCACUACUCAAGGGUUUCUUUGAAUACUACGCCAACUUUGACUUUGAGAAUACAGUGAUCAGCAUACGAUUAGGCAGCUGCUUCCCUUGCAAUCUCCUACCUCCAAAUCAUCAGGGAUGGAGACAGAAGUACAUCUUCAUUGAAGAGCCUUUUGACCGAAUCAACACAGCGCGAUCCGUCUUUGACUGGAGCAGAUACAGGCAGAUCCUGGAGGCUUUCGAGGAAACCCACGAUUCACUAUGCAAGACCAACGAACUUGAUAUCCAGAGCUUCCUUAACCUCAGAUGAUGAUGGCUCAACAUCCCGUCUCCCUUUCCCGCCCUCUAGGAACGGUAGGAAUCAUGGAUUUUCUGUUAGUGAUACCCGAUGAAGCGAAGCAUUAGAUGCUGGCUCCAUGGCUCAAGUGAAGCAAGCAUUAGUGGAGCAUUUCACGAUACAAUUAGUGAUUAUCACUGACAAUUGAUGUUAAACUCCUGAAAUCCUUGCGUCUGAUUGGCUCAGAACAGAAUACUCGGCAAAAAUCACUGAUAAGAUGUUUCAUGAAACACUCCUUGGGUUUUCUUCAAUAAUCGUCAUGAUAACCUGAGGGAGAGGCCGAGUCUGAUAUUCCAGAUUGUUGUGGUAUCAUCUUGAAGGCAAUGGGCUUCUUGAGAAUGAUUUGAGAGUGUUAAGACUUAUAUCUUCUGUGUUCGAGCUACCCGUAGAAUUAACUUUAAUUUCAAUGUCUUCAGACCCUUUCCUUCCAAAGGACAUUUCCAACUCCCGACCUUGUGCAAAUCUUUGCUGCAAAUACCAAGAUUAAUUCCUUGUGAAUGGUUUGUUCCAAUGUGAUGUGGUUAACUACUACAUCAUUGUAUGCUUUGAAAUCAAUGUUCUAUGUGAACUAGCUAUUUGUCUUUCAUUUUUGUCCAGGGACCAUGUUUCAUAAACUUUGUUUUCAAUAACAAUGCUAGUUUGCUCUCAAUCAAUCAAAAGUGUACAGUUUCAGUAGCUUUUGAUUGGUGUUUGCACUUUGUCGUUGAUAACCAAUUUUUGAAGCAGGACCCAGGGCACAGUUCAAGAUUCAUGGCAGAUCCUGUCUAUCACACUUGUACUUUACCAUAUUGGACCCUGUUUCACAUAACUUGUUUAACAUCAAUUUUCUAUAUGGUCAUUAUUAUUUAGUGACAAUUCAGUAUCGGUCAGUCAAAUGUGUUGAUAUCAGGAUUGGUCCGCAAUUGAACUUCAGUUUUGUGAAACAGGGGUUGGAAUUGUAUAUCUCGCAUAAUACUCCACCACAUUGGACCCUGUUUCACAUAACUUGCCAAACAUCAGUAUCCUAUAUCAUUAUCCAGUGACAAUUCAGUAUCGGUCAGUCAAAUGUGUUGAUAUCAGGAUUGGUGUGUAAUUAAACUUUAAUUUUGUGAAACAGGAGUUGGAAUUGUAUAUCUCGCAUAAUACUUAACCACAUUGGACCCUGUUUCACAUAACUUGCCAAACAUCAGUAUCCAGUAUUCUUAUUCAGGAACAAUUCAGUAUGAGUCAAUCAAAUGUGUUGAUCAGGAUUCGUUCGAAUUGAAAUUUUGUCAUGUGAAACAGGGGGCGAUAUCGUAUUUUACCAAAGAAUGCAAUCAUCAGGUUCAAUGUAUAGAACUUACCUCGUACUUGGUGUGUUGAUGUGAGAAUGAUUUAUACAAAACAACUUGAGAUGGGUCAAUCUCUAUCUGUGUUGUCGUCCACCCGAAAGUACAUGGUGAUAAAUGGUGAUAAAUACAUAAAUAUAUCUGUAAAGCGCUUAGAAACGUCGUUCCGAUGGAUUAAGCGCUAUAUAAAAGCGGAUUAUUAUUAUUACAUUGUCUGCUUCUCCAUAGAGUUAUUCAAAUGUUAUGUAAAAGCUACUAUUGUGUUUAAUAGUGUAGUGCUUUGUGGUAUUUCUCAUGGAAUUUUCUAAAUGGGAUGUUUUUAUGAUACAGGAAUUUGGGAGUAAAUCGCUGAUCACUAUUCCCUCUUGUAGUUUUGUUUUUAUUUAUUGAUAUUCUACUGCAUGUAAUGUAGAUAUUGAAUUGGAUCUUGUAUGUGUACAUUUCCACUGCUAAGGGGAGAUUUGUGUUACUAAGCCAAAGUAAAGAAUAAUAAAAACAAAGAGAGAAAGAAAUUGAGAAACGAACACACCUGAUAUUGUAUAAAGUUAUGAUAUCUUGAACAAACAAGAGUCGUUUCUAAGACUAAUAAAGUCAUAACCCUUAAUGAAAUUGAUGAUUUUAUAUUGUAUACAUAUAGCUACUUAAGUUACAUUCCAAACAUUUGUAAAAUUCUAUUCCAUCAUAUUUGGGAAGAUUAAUUUCAGAAUUCCCUCUUAAUCUUUUUGCCAGUUUUCUCCAUUUUCCGAUCAAGCUACUGUAUACAGUGAGUAUUGUGUAUACAUUAAAGAUUUUUAGAUGAUAUUAUUUUCAUGAAUAUUUUGGAGACUUAAUACUGCAUUGAUAUACCCUUUGAAUGACUUUAUCAGUAAUAAUAAUCUGUCAGAAAUUUUGUUUAGUUCAGGUUAUGUAUAAUAUCCAUUCGGUUUGGUUAGUUAUCAGUGCUUUAGAUUAUACUAUAUACCGGUAUUAUUUAUGCGCAGAUACAAAUCAGAUUAUAGAAGGAAGUGCGAUGUUUCAUGUAUACGUCUUGGAAAUUAAGGUUGUACUACAUCUCGUUAACAUCGUGCAUGAGCAUUGUUAGUGACAUUUGAAUUUGUGGUCGCAUGUAACAUGAUUAAGUCAACUACGGUGUCUAAUGUGACGAUGUGAUCCAAUGUUUUAUAGGCAAUAGGCAAUUGUUGCUUUAGUUUCAUCAACAAAUAGCUGAAACACAAAAUCUUCCUCUUAAUUUUUUUUGUGGGGGGGUGUUUUAAUUUCUUUUGGGGAAGGAACGAGAGGAGGGGGGGGGGCAUCAAAGGAGUGGUUUUUCAUGUAGGGCCUUAAUGAAUAGUUUGACUUUGACUUAAUAAUAUGCAUGUACAUAAAAUUUGACUUAUAUAAGGUUUCAGGGUGUAUUAAACACACUAGGGUAUAACCAUUUGAUGGAAUUCAUACAGAUCUGAAUCGACCUAGGAGAUUGUUAACUUUCUAAAGUCUACUAUGUGGCCGCUGACUAAAAAUAUUGUAAAUUGAAAUGGCAAGAUCAAAGAAUUCUUACUGAUGAAGAAAAAAAAGAAAGAUUUAAAACCAUUGAAUUAGGGGCCUGUUUCAUAAAACUUGUUAUAAUGAUAACAAAUUAUUAUUAACAGUUUGAAGCUACUCACUGGAUUGGCUGAUGGUAAAUUUGUUGUAAAAAUUGUGUUUUUUUUUAGAUAUAAUAUCAAGUAUUUAUGAAAGAGGACCCAAACUUGGCAAUUCUCAUUUACUCCAUGUGGAGUUUUAACCCAUCAGGCCCCGUACCUCAGAUAACUUAUUGAAAAGUGUGUAUUUAGAAUGAAAUAGAUUUUUUCUUGAAGUGGGUUAUGUUCCAGGGAAAAAUAACACAUGUAUAUGGGGAGUCGGGAUGAUUUCUCCCCCAAAUUGCUCAAAAGCGCCCUGGAAUCUCUAAAAGGAUCCUUGGAAUAUUACCAUUCAUUGCAAAAUUUUGUCUUAUCCAAUUUUACAGAUUUAGGCAGUAAGUUGUGAUAAAAAGCCCCUGAAUAUGAAAAAAAAAAUGUUUUGCCUGUUAUGCUCUCAGGUUCUGAUUUUCACCCAUAGAGGGACACUGUCUCCUUGAGGAGACCCUCUUGCACUUUCUCUUAUCCUGAAUGUGACCAAUCACAAAAUUAGAUACGAUUUAGAAAAUAAGGUACUUAAAACCUUAUACAUCUCCAGUGCCUUAAUCAAAGCAGUUUGAUUACAUGUAUUAUGAUAUCUCUAAACAUAGCAUUAGGUUGAUCCUGAUACCAGAAUUUCCAGCUAGGCCAUAAUGAUCCCGCACUGUUUUGUAAAAAAUAAUGAGUUUGCUAUUUAAAAUGCAAAUUAUUAUCUCUCUAGUUGUUGAUUUGGAUUUAAUAAUAAUAAUAAUAAUUGUAAAUUUAUAUUGCGCAAUUUCUAUUUGGAUAUACUCAACUGCGCAUUACAAUACAUAACAGAUAAGCAGAAAAACAAUUAUUAACAGGAUACGCAAAAAUUUAGUUCGCUAAAUUAAUCGAAGAAAAAUAAGAAAAGAU